UUUAAUUUGAAUUGAAAUAUCAUAUUAAAAAAAAAUGUUGUUCUCAAUUAUAAAUUAACUUUAACUUGGACAAAACUGCAAAAACACAUUUUACAAAGUGAACUUUUUUUUAAAAAGUCAAGAAAUAGUUUAAGAAAUUAAAAUGAAUUUAAUAUUUUAUACUAUUAUUAUUCUCACAGUCAGCAUACAAACUUUGCAAUCAGCCAAAUUAGAAAAAUUAUUGAACGAAAAUAAUGAUAGUACUCAGAUUGUAUACUCAAAAAGUACACGAGGAAUAGAUUUAUCAAAAUAUGCAUACGGAGAGUACAUUAAAAAUGAAUAUAUCAUAAAUGGUUCCGAAAAUAUACUUAUUGGAGACCUAAAAGAGGUCACUUUAGAACAAUAUCAUUUUGCAACGCUGAACAGAUCAUAUAAAUAUUUGCACUUGUUAAUAUGUUAUCAUAGUUGUACUUAUAAAAUUAUUAAACCAUAUAAAGCAAUUAUUAAUAUUACUGAAGCAGCUAAAAGGAUUGCAAAUUCAUUGAAAAUAAACCAAGUAGAAUCAUCAGGGAUCGAGAAAUUGUUAAAUAUGUUAAAUAAUGAAAUUGAUAAUAUGAUAAGUCCAUCAAGUUAUAAGUUUUUUUUUUUAGCAAAAAUCCAAAAUGAAAUAGGCUCGUUGUUGCAUAUUAAUUUUAUAAACUCUCACAUAGAUGAAAAUUUACUAAAAAAUUUAGAGAUGGACAUUUUGUCUGAUCAUUUUUUUAGUACUGUUCUUGAUGAUGAAAUGAAAAAACACUUUUGGCCUAUUUACAAGAUGAAAUUUAUUGAAGAUUUUAUUAAAGCUACGGGCUGUCUCAACAAAAAAAUAGAAAUAGAGUAUCCAUUAUAAUAAAAUCAUUCAUAACUUUUGAAAGUAAUUUUAUUAGAAUAAUUUUAAAUACAUUUUAAUAAGUAUACAUACAUGCAUGAAAACCCGUAUUUAUUAAAAAAAAUAACAUGAAAAUUUUACUUUAUUUUUAAAUACUUGUUUUAAUUUAUUUUUUUCCAAUCAAUGAAGUAACUAUUUAAUUAUUUAAUAAUUGCGUUGGUUUACAUUAUGAAAGUUAUAAAUGAUAUCUAUUAUAGGGGUGUUGAUUAAGUUUUCACGUUAAUAUCCCGAAAUAUACUUAUUGGAGACCUAAAAGAAGUUAUUUUAAAAUAAUAUAAUUUGAAAACGCUGAACAGUCAUAUAAAUACUUGCAUUGGUUAUCACUAUAGGUACUAUAAUCAAACAACAGAGAAUUGAAUACUGUAUAUUAUAAUUUUCUUUAUUUUUAAAUAAACUGAAAUAAUUUCGAAAUUAUUGAAAAAAAACUAGAUAGAUUUAUUUGGAGUUGAGAGGUUGUUAAAUAUACUAAAGGUAAUGUUUGAAACUAUUAAUAAUGAAGAUGAUUAUGAUUAAAGACCAUAAUUCGGUGUUCAAAUAUUUUAAACAAGUUUAUCUAAAUAUUUUUCCAAUUACACUUAGAACAGGUUACACUGAUAAAAAAGUAAAAUAAUAUUAUGGUAACAAUAUUUCGUAUAAAAAAAGUCUGUCACUGAAACUAAGUAUAAAUUCUAUUUAUAAACAAAAUUAUAAUUUAUUUACCUAUUAUUAAAAAAAUAUUUGAAUGUUUUAUUAUUAUUUAUUUAAUAAUACAGAGUAUCAUUAUAAUUAUAAUGAAAUUAAUGGCAAUUUAUUUAUUUAAUGAUUUCGAAAUCAUUCAGAGAAAACAUAACUACAAAUUUAUCAUUAUCAGAUAUAUAAUAAACAAUUUUCAUGAUUAUUAAUAACAAUGACAUAUUAUGUUAAACCAAAAUAUUAUUUCAAAAAAAUAUUUCCUGUAUAUAAUAUUGGGUAUUAUUGUAUAUGAAUAUAUAUAUUUUUUUAAUUGUACUUAUUAAAGCUGAUUUAGUGAAUA